AUGUCCGCCCCGUCUACCCUCGAAACCCACGGCUGGACAGCCCAACCGCGCGAUAUCUCCGCCUUCCUCGGCGACAAGCAAGACCUCAAAGCGCCAGAACCUCAGACCGUCGCCAGCAUCGCCCUCCCCAGCACCCCGCUCGCGAAAGCCGUGCUCGACUACGCGAAGAAGGAGCUCAGAGAGGAGACAUUCAAUCACAGCAUGCGCGUUUACUACUACGGCAAAGCGAUCCAAACCCACCUCUCCCCCACGCACCCCCUCCCCGUCUCCGACGAGACCUACCUCCUCACCUGCCUCCUCCACGACAUCGGCACCACGGACAAGCACCUCCCGGCGACGCUCAUGUCCUUCGAGUUCUACGGCGGCUACCUGGCGCUCGACCUGCUGAAGAAGGACCUGCGCGCGCCGAUCGAGCAGGCGGAAAGCGUCGCGGAAGCCAUCAUCCGGCAUCAGGAUCUGGGCGCGAGCGGCAAGAUCUCCAGCCUGGGCUUGCUGAUCCAGUUGGCUACGGUCUUCGAUAACAUGGGCGGCAACGCGGAGCUCGUGCACAAGGGCACGAUCGAGGACGUGGUGCGGCAUUAUCCGCGGCGGAAGUGGUCGGGCUGUUUCGCGGCCACGAUCAGGAGGGAGAAUGGGUUGAAGCCGUGGGCGCAUACUACGGCGUUGGGGGAGGAAGCGUUCCCGGCUGGGGUGGAGAACAAUACGCUCAUGGCUCCGUAUGAUGAUUGA